GCCCAACGACGGCAGCAUAUUUGAAAUUUGACGAACAUUGAUAUAAUAAUAAGGCAGUUAUAGGAUCCAAGGGCGCCAUGUUGCCCUUAUGGAAGCGGCUUUUGUUUGCCGCUGUCAUUGCUGGUGCGUUAGUCGGUGCCAAUGCUCAAUUUUGGAGAGAGUCCGGCUCAACAGGCUCCAUUCAAUCAAACAAUAAUAAACAAAUCAGAGUUGAACAGAAUGCAGGUAGAUACACAUAUGAUCCGAGCUAUGAAUUGCUUAAUUCCACUGGUAUACAGCGGGGGGAUGAACCACCCAAGAACUGUACUGCUGGAUAUGCAGGAUGUUUUCCAAAAUGCUUUGCUGAAAAAGGUAGUCGCGGAAUGCCCGGUCCCGAGGGUCCCACUGGAGAGAAGGGUCAAAUCGGUUAUGCCGGACCAGAGGGUCUGCCAGGUGAUAAGGGUCAGAAGGGUGACCCAGGACCAUUAGGACCAAGGGGUGACAAGGGAGAGCGUGGUUCACAAGGCAGACCUGGCUUGCCUGGUGUUGGCGGUAUUCAGGGUACAGCAGGUAAUCCUGGUGCUGCUGGUGCUCCUGGCAAAGAUGGAUGUGACGGCUUAGAUGGUUUACCUGGAUUGCCCGGACUCUCGGGAAUGGCUGGGCCUCGUGGUUUGCCUGGCGGGCCAGGUGUAAAGGGUGACAAGGGUGAGCCAGCAAAAGAGAAUGGAGACUAUGCCAAAGGUGAGAAAGGUGAGCCUGGUUUCGCUGGUCGAUCUGGUUUUCCUGGUCCCGAUGGAUCUCGUGGUGAUAAGGGCGAGCGCGGUGAUACAGGCCCAUUUGGACCACCGGGACCACGUGGUGAUCGCGGUGUCAAAGGAGAAAAGGGUGAAUCUUGCAUUGGCAUAUCUUUGCCCGGACAACAAGGAGAAAAGGGUGAAAAAGGUGAACCGGCUAUAAAGUUUCCCUCUACUGGAAUCACAAGCGUGGUUGGACCACGCGGUGACCCUGGUCAAAAGGGUGAACCUGGUCCAUAUGGCGAAAAGGGAGGUUUGGGGCCUGCUGGGGAGCCUGGACAUGACGGACAAAAGGGAGAAAAGGGUUUGCCCGGCGGAGCAGGCGACAGAGGUCGUCAAGGUGGUUUUGGACCUCCUGGCCCAUCUGGUCAGAAAGGUGAUCGUGGUGAAACUGGCCUACAUGGUCGUCCAGGCCAGCCUGGUCAAAAAGGUGAAGCCGGUCGCCCCGGUAACUCAGGUGAACGUGGUUUGCUUGGUCCGCCAGGUCCUCCAGGGGGUGGACGCGGGCAACCUGGCGCACCAGGUCCCCAAGGACCUCGUGGCUACCCAGGUAUGCAUGGCCCUCAGGGAUUAAAUGGAGAAGAUGGACUACCCGGACCCCAAGGCUACCCUGGCCAAAAGGGAGGCAUAGGAGUCCCUGGUCGCCAAGGUGGCGAAGGACCACCAGGACAAAAGGGAGAAAAAGGUAUCGCCGGACGAGGUGGCCCACAAGGCCCACUCGGACCUGUUGGCCACACCGGUCCACCAGGACCUGAGGGUCAGAAGGGUGAACCUGGCCUACCCGGCUCUAGCAUUGAAGGACUUAAGGGUGAAGAUGGUCUUCCCGGAUAUAACGGACUGAAAGGUGCCAAGGGAGAGCGUGGUUUCAAGGGUAAUGUUGGUGUUCCUGGAGACUCUAAACUGGGUAGACCUGGUCUUCCCGGUAUUGUUGGUGCUCCUGGACAAAAGGGUGAUGCUGGUCGUCCUGGAAAUCCUGGUGACAAAGGUGAAAUGGGACCCAAAGGUGAAAUUGGUGGAAAGUGUUCAUCCUGCCCGCCUGGAUUAAAGGGAGAUAAAGGAGACCGAGGAUUAGACGGACUUACAGGCAAUCCCGGUGCAAGAGGACCUCCUGGAGAACGAGGAUUUGUUGGCGAGCGAGGUGAUGAUGGUAUAAACGGAUUGAUGGGCCCACCCGGAGAAAAGGGUGUGGAUGGUCGUCCUGGAGUUCCUGGCGCCGUGGGAGCCCCCGGUGCGCCUGCUUUUAUUGAUCUUAGUUUGAUUGCUGUAGAAAAGGGUGCUAAAGGUGAGAGGGGUAGUGCUGGCUAUCCCGGUGUUAAAGGUGAGCGUGGAGAGAAUGGACAACCUGGUUUGCCAGGAUCGAAAGGAGAGAUUGGCAUUAAAGGAGAGAAAGGAUUCACUGGCCCAGCAGGGACAGAUGGUCUACCUGGCGCUCCGGGUCGGGACGGAUUCGAUGGAAGACCUGGUCAAAGUGUCAAGGGUGAGCCAGGAAAAGCUGGUCUAGACGGUCUGAAGGGUGACACAGGUUUAACUGGUGAAACUGGACAAAAGGGUGAAGCUGGAACCUGUGCCGCAGACGCACUUCGAGUGCCUGCUAAAGGCAACAAAGGCGACCGUGGCGCUCCGGGUCAACCUGGGCAAAACGGACCCAUUGGACAAAAGGGAGAAAUUGGUUUCAGCGGCGAAAAGGGUUUCACAGGUCCUCAGGGUCCCCCUGGUCCUGUUGGUCCACGUGGAAUCACUGGACCUCGAGGAGAGAAGGGUAACCCCGGACCUCUUGGUGCUCCUGGUAAUCCCGGAAAAGAUGGACUACGCGGCUUGCCUGGUCGCAAUGGUGAACGCGGACAAAAGGGAGAGCAAGGUAUUUCGGUUGCUGGACCUCCUGGCCCACAGGGUCUCGAUGGAUUAUCUGGUCUUAAGGGAGAUCGCGGUCCUGUUGGUAGCCCAGGACAACCCGGCCCGGAGGGCAACAUCGGCUAUCCUGGCGACAAAGGUGAAAGCGGUCUCCCUGGCCAGCCUGGUCAACCUGGAAGUAUUGGUGAAAAAGGUGACGUCGGGCCACUUGGUCCUCCAGGACACCCUGGCCCUCCUGGUCUUCCUGGCAUGGAUGGAAUUCGCGGACUUAAUGGUGUCAAGGGAGAGCCUGGAAAUCCGGGUUUGGUCGGCUUGCCUGGCAACAAAGGUGAACGCGGCGCUAAUGGAAUUGAUGGCCCUAAGGGUUUCACUGGUGUGAAUGGUGCACCUGGUAAACGUGGUCCACCUGGAGUUCCUGGAUUAUCUGGCUUGAAGGGUGAUAAGGGUGCUCGUGGUUUAACUGGAAACGAUGGUCCGAUCGGAGGUCGUGGACCGCCGGGACCCCCAGGAUUCAUGGGCAUUAAGGGUGACGUUGGCCCAGCUGGAGCCCCUGGACAGAAUGGUUUAGACGGGCUUUUUGGUGAGAAAGGUAACCAAGGUUUGCCUGGAUUCGACGGCGCUCAGGGUGAACCUGGUGAUGCAUCUGAAAAGGGACAAAAGGGUGAACCUGGCACUCCAGGACCACGGGGAGAACCUGGAUUUACAGGAGAACCUGGCCAGCCAGGUGAAAAAGGUGUGCCUGGAGUUCCUAUUCACGGACGACCUGGAGCACCGGGCGAGAAGGGCGACGCCGGCCGAAAUGGACUGGAUGGUCUCGAUGGGCAGCCCGGACAAAAGGGCGAACCUGGUCUUUCUGGAUAUGCUGGUCUUAAGGGCGACAAAGGAUCACUUGGCAGACCUGGGGCUCCUGGUGCGCCAGGGCUUGACGGUCAGCCUGGUCUCCAGGGUGCAACUGGGGCUCCUGGCUAUCCUGGAGUACAAGGUUUCAAGGGAGAAGCUGGUGUGCCCGGAUUCACAGGUGAAAAGGGUAACACCGGUCCGUCUGGACCAGCCGGUUUCAAUGGACCUCCCGGUUUCAAGGGUGAAAGAGGAUUACCGGGCCCACCAGGACCUGCACCCAUCAUUAAUCCAGAUGAUCUCAGAGGUGAUGUCGGCGCACCUGGUGAACGCGGUUUCACAGGUCAAAAGGGAGAACAAGGCGAAAGGGGAGAACAAGGAAUUGUUGGGUACACUGGAGCUAAGGGAGAGCGUGGUUUGGAUGGUCCUCGUGGUUUGGAUGGUUUGCACGGAGCCCCUGGUCUUAAGGGAGAUGCUGGCCCACAGGGUGAGCAAGGCUACCCCGGACCAGUUGUAAAGGGAGAGAAGGGUCUUCCUGGACGUGCCGGCAAAAACGGUCGCGAAGGCGCACCCGGACGUCCUGGAAUUAAAGGCGAUCGUGGUCUUGCCGGUUUGCCUGGAACACCUGGAUUGGUUGGUCUUCCGGGACCCAUUGGCCCAGCUGGCGCUAGAGGAGAACGUGGUUUGACUGGAACACCUGGAUUUGCUGGACAGGACGGCUUGAAUGGAGCACAGGGUCAAAAGGGUGACAGAGGUAUUCAAGGACCUAAGGGUGAACGUGGUCUGAAUGGCUUCGAAGGACAAAAAGGAGACAAGGGUGCCCAAGGACAAGAUGGACCACCAGGAUUAAAUGGGUUACCUGGACUGAAGGGUGAUCUUGGUUUGCCUGGAUUUGAAGGCGCACCUGGUGCUCCCGGAGCAAUAGGCGAAAAAGGUUUCACGGGACCAAAAGGACGUGAUGGACGCGACGGUUUACAUGGUCAGCGCGGACAGAAGGGUGAGCCUGGUCUUCUUCCACCACCUGGUCCAAAGGGCGAGCCAGGACAUCCUGGUCGUGAUGGACAAAAGGGAGAAGUCGGACCACCUGGAGAGCGUGGCCUUACUGGUAUCCAGGGAGAGCGUGGUGAGAAAGGUGAGCGUGGCUUUAUUGGUCUAACCGGACAGCCUGGACGUCCAGGUGCAAAGGGAGAACGCGGAGAACAAGGUUUAAUAGGACGCGAGGGCGCUAUUGGAGAAAUUGGUAUUAAGGGUGAACCCGGUGUGCCCUGUAGCUCUGCCCAGGAUUAUCUAACUGGCAUUUUAGUGACACGCCACAGUCAAAACGAUCAGGUGCCAACUUGUGCUGCCGGACAUACACAACUCUGGACCGGCUACUCGUUGCUCUUUGUUGAUGGCAACGAUUAUGCCCAUAACCAGGAUCUCGGCUCACCCGGUUCAUGUGUUCAACGUUUCUCAACACUGCCCGUUUUGUCCUGUGGACAGAACAAUGUAUGCAACUACGCUUCACGCAAUGACAAGAGUUUCUGGUUAGCAACUUCGGCAUCCAUACCCAUGAUGCCUGUCGACAACUAUGAGAUAAGCAAAUACAUUUCGCGUUGUGUGGUCUGUGAGGCUCCAGCCAAUGUGAUUGCAGUACACAGUCAGUCGCUUGAGAUUCCUGGCUGCCCCAACGGCUGGGAGGGUCUGUGGAUUGGCUACAGUUUCCUUAUGCACACGGCUGUUGGUAAUGGCGGUGGUGGUCAGGCGUUGCAAUCGCCUGGCUCUUGUCUGGAGGACUUCCGUGCCACACCAUUCAUUGAGUGUAAUGGUGCCAAGGGUCACUGCCACUUCUAUGAGACCAUGACCAGUUUCUGGAUGGUCACCCUCGAAGCCAGCGAGCAGUUCCAGAAACCACAGCAACAGACCAUCAAGGCUGGCAAUCUGCUGAGCCGUGUCUCCAGGUGCCAAGUUUGCAUGAAGAACUCGUCAUAGAGUACUGCAAUAACAAAAACGCUGCAAUAAAUUUAAUCUAAAUGUAAUACGUUAACUAUACCAACGAACAUCAGAUAAACCGAACAAACACUGCUACAAAUUCCUUAAACUAACCAAUAAAAUGAAACCAAAUAUUAAAAAAAACCAAACCCAAGAAGAGGCCCGCCAAAAAACACGUUCGAAAAAAGCGGAGACUCCAAUAAUGCCAUUUUUGUAUCUGCCAUUUAAUGCUCUAAAGAAAUGUAAAACUGCUUCUAAGUUACGAGUUAAGUUAAGUAAAUGAAAAAUAAAUAAACUAGAGUGGUAACUAUA